AUGGCUGCGAAACUGAUUGAGCGACGUUUCCAUAAUGUCUCAGGCAAACUUCGUGUUUCUGAGCUGCUCUUCGAUGUCCCUGUGGACUACAACAAGCCUGCUGGGGACACGCUGAGGCUCUUUGCACGAAGCAUCAGUCGCUUGAACAAACCCAUUGAGCCUGCUAAGGAAGAGGGCAAAGAAGCCAAGGAGGGCAAGCUUCCUUGGCUGGUCUAUCUUCAAGGUGGCCCUGGCUUUGGAUGUGGUGCCCCGCAGUCUUACCCCUGGGUCGAAUUCAUGCUCAGCAAGGGAUAUCAAGUGCUCUUUCUGGAUCAACGAGGCACUGGCCUCAGUUCGACUCUCACAGCGGGAACCCUUGCUCGUCAGGGAGAUGCAAUCAAGCAGGCCGAGUAUCUCAAGAACUUCCGUGCAGACAGCAUUGUCCGUGAUUGCGAAGCUAUCCGUGAUGUUCUGACACAGGACUAUCCGGCUGACCAGCGCCGGUGGAGUAUCCUUGGGCAAAGUUUCGGUGGCUUCUGUGCCGUGACUUACUUGUCAAAGUUGUAUGUUUUGAGACUCAUUGAUCUCCAUACUUGGAUCUUGAACACCUCGCUGAUAUCAUUUAACUUCCAGCCCGGAGGGCUUGAGAGAAGCUUUCCUUACUGGUGGCCUUCCCCCCUGACCAACGGGCCGGAUCCUGUCUAUGCGAAGACCUAUGAGAAGGUCAAGGAGAGGAACGAAGCUUACUACCAGAAGUUCCCCGAGGAUGUGGCCCGUGUUAAGAAUAUCAUGCAAUACCUGACCCAAAACAAGGUUGCAUUGCCAUCCGGGUUGCUCACUCCGGCUCGCUUCCAGCAACUAGGCAUCAUGUUCGGCUUCCACGACAUUGUUUUCAGAGUCUCAAACGAUCUGGAGAUGUUCGGAUUCCUUACUCUGCCUACUCUUUCCGUGAUUGACAGUAAUGGCGGUAUGGACAAAAAUAUCAUUUAUGCCAUUCUGCAUGAAUCAAUCUACUGCCAAGGAAAGCCGUCGCUCUGGGCUGCAGACAGGCUGCGCGCUAGUAACCCGCAAUUCCAGAUCAAUGACUCGUUGUCCGAGAUCUACUUCACCGGCGAGAUGGUCUUCAAGGAUAUGUUCGAGUCUUACUCAGAACUCUCAAAGCUCAAAGAAGCAGCUGAAAUCCUGGCUACAACAGACGAAUGGCCGGACCUAUAUGACGAGGCUCAACUGGCCAAAAACAAGGUGCCAGUCUAUGCUGCAACCUACAUCGACGACAUGUAUGUUCACUUUGACCUGGCCACAGCCACUGCUGCCAAGAUCAAGAACUCCAAGCAGUUUAUAACCAACACCAUGUAUCACGAUGCGCUGCGCAGCAGGUCGGGUGAGGUUAUGCGUCAGCUCUUUAACUUGAGAGAGGACACAAUCGAUUAG